AUAAACAAAGCCCUUUUCUUUUUUCUUUUUUUUACAAAUUUGAACAAUAAGAGAAUAUCUAAUACAUGUCCGACAUGGCGCCGCUGCUCUCUUUGUUUGCUAUAAUACCGGUUCUGCUUGGAGGGUUUUAUUAUUAUGCCCACCAGCGUACUUUAGGACACUUGGACAUUACAACCUCUUCCGUUGCGUACAACCGUACCCGUUACCAUGACUUGUUAGAUUGGGAUAAAUAUGCACUUACAAUUGAAGGGGAACCUACACAGAUUCAUUCGGGGGAGUUUCAUUACUGGAGAGUACCUGAUAGAGAACGUUGGUCGCCCAUUUUGAAACAGUAUCGUUCAGCAGGUUUCAACACCAUUAGAAUCUACUUCCAUUGGGGUUAUCAUUCUCCUGAUGAGGGAAUCUACGUAUUUGAUGGAAACAGAGACAUUGACUAUCUUCUAACGCUUUGUGAAGAGUUGAACCUAUUUGUAUUAGCAGCUCCAGGACCUUAUAUCUGUGCAGAAACUCAAGCUGGUGGUUACCCUGGUUGGGUUGUGGCCAAGAGAGAACUGAAUAUACGUCAUAAUUAUAUUAUGCUGUGGCGUGUGUAUGACGAGAAAUUUGCAAACUAUGAAAUUCAAUGGAUGAACGCCAUUUUACCCAUUAUCGCCAAACAUCAAAUUACCUCUAACACGGGAGAUAAAAAAGGUUGUGUAUUGGGUGUACAAAUUGAUAAUGAAUUAUUUGAAAAGAUGGCAGGUAUGUUACCUAUCGGUCUUCACGAUCAAAUGCGCGUAUUGGCAAAAGCAGCAAGAGAUGCUGGCAUCACAGUCCCUCUUUUUACAAAUGAUGGGUUUGAAGAAGGCGGUUGGGUACCACGUCCAGAAUUAGACGAAAAGAGUGGUCAAAAAAAGUUUGGUAUUGAUCUUUAUGGUUUCGACAAAUAUGUUAUUUUUGCGCCUUCUAGCUCUCCUAAAUCUUGGCUGAUUAAUAGUGGUGUGUCUGUUGGAGAUUGGGAUGAAUGGGAGCCUAAAAAUAUGGAGAACUCGAUGGAUAAACUGGAAACUACCAUUCGUAAUUUUGGUGGUGGAGCUAAAAAGUCUCCAUUAUUUAUUCCUGAACUCCAAGGCGGAUGGUUUAAUCAUUAUCAACUUCAACAUACUUACGAUCAAAUUUUUGAUUUUUACGGCCCUGAAUACACCAAACUUUUAGUAGAGACCUCGUUAGCGCAAGGUGUGACAAUGACUAGUGUUUAUAUGAUUUACGGUGGUACCAACUGGGGCACUCUUGGUGAUCCCGAUGUGUAUACCUCUUACGACUAUUCUGCUUGUAUUCGUGAAUUUGGUAUGCUCUCAUCAAGGGGUAGAAAUCUUCGUAAAACUAUGCUCUUUACCCGUUCAUUUGAUCCCUUUUUCACCAAAACGGAAAGAAUCGAUCACCCUAAAAUCAAGACUUCUAUUCCCCAUACUUUAAAUUUACAGCGUCAAUCCGUAUCCGGCGAUCAGGAGGUUAUUUUUACCUUUUUCAGAAAUUUUGAUCGUCAAAGACGCGAAACGUUUGAUGUAACAGUAGAAGAGAAUGAUGGUAACUUUACAAUGGGCUGUCAUUUACCUUAUAAAACCUCGUUUAUUGCUGUGGGUAAUUAUGUUGCACAAAAUGGUUUGCACUUGCUCAUGUCAACUAUUCCUAUUUUGACCCGUAUUGUAAACAAGCAAAGUAAUGAAGAAGUUUGGAUUGUGGAACCUAAUCUCGUUGGUGCUAUGGCUUUUAAGGAAUCAAAAAUUACUAUCACUGGUAAUAUGCAAGACAGCACUUUGCGUACUGACGGCCCCGCUAUGGUUCUUUCAUUUGAAAAAGACAACGGAUGGACCAAAAUCGAAACUUCCACUGGCAGUCUUUACAUUGUUGGCCUUAAUAAGCUUGAUUCCAGUACUUUAUUUGCUGAAUUUGAAGAGCCUUAUUGGAACAAAGGUAAAAAGAAUUAUCCCUCCUUUGCUGCUUGGGGUGCCGAUAGUUUCUAUUUUGAUAAGAAUAUCCAAAAGCUUGAAGUCAAUCAUCGUCCCACUGAAAAUACCGCUCAUAUUAUUUCGUUUGGAUCUGUAAAUGAUCCCCGCCUAACCAAGACUGUUGGUUCUUAUGAUCUCCCGUUCAUUCGCUCGAUUGAAUUUAAUGACGAUGUCAAGGCCAGUUUACCUGUUGAAAUUACUUUUAAUAAUUGGGAACAGCGCACGACUGAAUUCGAAAAUAUGCCCUGGGAAGAUUUGAAGAGUUUAAAGACGAAUGGAAGCUUAACCUUUGAUGCUAUUGACUAUCAUUAUCUUAGUGGACAUGUAUUAUAUCGUAAGGUGUUUAAAACGCCAAGCAGUGCCAACCCCAAGGUUACAUUAUCCCUGAAUGCUCGCCAUCGUGCUACGGUUAUUAUCAAUGGUGUGAUUAUUGGUGGUCAUACCACUUAUUCUCGACAAUUGUUUAUGCCUGGGGCCAAAAUUGGACCUGACCCGUGGUUUUUGGAUACACACAAAUAUGAUCUCACACCUUAUCUUUCUCGUGUUGACCAACUUGAAAACCAACUGAUUGUACUCGUUGAGAGUUUUGGGUUAAAUCGACAAGCAUUUAUUAUGAAUGAUAUUCGUAAUCCUCGUGGAAUUACAAAAGCCAAAUUGAGUGGAAUUAAAGAACAAGGAAAUUGGGAGAUUGCUGGCGUUGAUGUACGUAAAUUAUCAAAUCCUUUUAGCUCAACCGGUUUCCCAGAUGAAAAGGAGUCUACAGGUUGGAUCAAAUUGGCAAAUGAAGAAAAAAAGGAAAAUGUUUACGAAAUCCCCAUUACUGUUGCACAGGGUGUACAGUGGUUCCGGUUCCGAUUUGAUGACAUUCUCAAAAGGUCUACUUCGUACAACGUACCCCUUCGUCUUCACAUGGAUGGUGAAUGGACUGCCAUGGUGUUAAUUAACGAUGUGCUUAUUGCAAGAUAUUACGGUAAUGGUGAUGGACCUCAGCACGACUUUUACAUACCUGAUGAUUUGGUCAAAGAAAAAGAUAAUGAAGUGAAAAUUCUUGCUUACACUUGGAAUGAUACAAGAGGAAAGCUAUUUAUUGCUGGUUGGCCGGUAUUGCCUGAUAGUGGCAACUUAAUUACACAUUUCGACCAAAACAGUAAACCUGCUGAAUAUAUGAUUUACAAGGAUCAAAUUAAAUUUUAAAAAUAAAAAGAUUCGCACAAAUUAAGGAGAUCCUGAAAGUGCAUAUCUUGCUGAAUCCGGGUAAUGAAAGAGG